AUGGGCGACUCUUCGCCGUCGGCCGCUGAGCGGCAGCCACUCCUCGGCCCUCUUCAACCCUCAUUCUCGGCCUCGUCGUCAGGAAGCACAAUAGCAAGCUCUCAUCCGAGGCCGCCCAGCAUGUUGGCCAGUCUCAAGCGCCGCCUCGCCGUCUCGGACGACUCCGAGGUACACCAUGGCUUCCGCACUACCCACCUCAUCAACCCGGACAUAGCCCCCAUGCCCCCUUCGCGCCGGAUCUGGGGUCGGCCGCAGUACCUCGCCUUCUUUGCCAUUGCCCAGUUCACCAUCACCGCUUGGGCCGCCAGCGCCGCUAUUCUUGGGUUGGGUCUCGCAGUGUGGGAGGCGGUCGUGGCUCUCUUCGUCUCGCAGGUUUUCGUCGUCACCGUCGCCACCGCCACCGGCUGGGUCGGUGGUGAGUGGCACGUCGGCUUCACCGUCUUCCAGAGGAUCAUCUUUGGUCAGCUGGGAAGCUACAUCGGCAUCGCCAUCCGCGUGACCCUCUCGGUGGUAUGGUACGCCAGCCAGGCUUGGCUCGGGGGCUUGUGCGUUACCGCCAUGAUAAGCUCCUGGAGUAGGGACUUUCUCGAGAUGCCAAACACUUUUCCCGAGAAUGCACACGUCGCCACCCGUGAUUUCGUCGGCUUCGCCGUCUUCCAGCUCAUCAGCGUCCCGCUCAUGUGGUUCCGUCCAGAAGUCGCCAUCCGACCUGUCGCCAUCGCAAACUGCGUGACCUUUUGCGUCAUGCUUUCCAUCACCGUCUGGACCUGCCACACCGCCGGCGGCGUGGGCCCGUUGAUCCGCGCUCCUAGCCCGCCAUCCCCUGACCGAGCCUGGACCUGGUUCUACGCCAUAACCAGUGGCAUCGGAGCCAUAAGCGCCGGCAUUCUAAACCAGGCAGACUUUACCCGCUUCGCCAGGCGGCAGGGCAACCAGGUUCCGGGACUAGCCUUUGCGACGUUUGUUCCGGGAACAAUGGUCCCGUUGAUGGGAAUCCUGACGGCGAGCGCGAGCCUGGUGGUCUGGGACGGCCAGCCACCGUUUUGGAACCCGCUAUACAUUGUUAUACAGUGGAUGGUGGACGACUACACAGCGGGGAGGCGCGCGGCGGCUUUCUUUUGCUCCCUCGGGCUGGUGUGCAGUCAGCUGGCCGAGAAUAUCAUGGGCAAUGGAUACGCCGCCGGGAUGGACCUCGCGGGUCUGUUCCCGCGUUAUAUCAACAUCCGCAGAGGCUGCAUGAUUUGCGCAGCACUGUCUUGGGUCGUACAGCCGUGGCUGUUUUACAACACUUCGUCCGUGUUUGUGGCCACAAUGGCGUCCUUCUCGGUCUUUCUGGCCCCUUUGACUGGAAUAAUGCUGACCGACUACUUCCUCUUGCGCAAGCAAAAGAUUGAACUUUCUCAACUGUACACCCUCGAAAAAGACGGAAGCUAUUUUUUCACAUACGGCUUCAACCUGCGGGCGAUACUGGUGUGGAUCUUUUGCUUUGUCCCGGCCGUGCCUGGCAUGGUUGGUCGGCUGAACCCAAACAUCAGCAUCCCUGAUGGCUUGGUCAAGUACAACACGGGAAACUACUUUUUCGGUUUCUUCUCCGCUUCCCUGAUAUACUACGUCGUCGUGCGUUUAUUCCCGCCCAAGAAUCUGGGCUUUGCUGAUCCCGUCGACAUGUACGGCACCUUUACCGAGGAGGAGGCCAGGAGGAAGACCAUCGCGCCCUUUGAACCGGCGGACCCUAACGCUGGGCCGGCGAAGCUCGACGAGGCUGCAGAUGCGCCGGAAAGUAGCAGUCGGGCGGCUGCUCGAGCCGUAUACGGUGAAGAGUAG